UUUCAGACUUUGGCAACAGAGGCCGACAUGGAUGCUGCAGUGCUGUUUGUCUGGGGAAUGACAGCUCUACUGUCUAUGUCCCUAGCGACACCUAUUGGAAAACGCAAUGAUACCAGUGUAAGGCCAUCCAUUGUCGAGAUCAACCUACAGGCCGGCUUGCUGGGUAACCCAAACUGCGGUGAGAUGCCGGCUUGUGAUAAGGUCUGUAGGUUUGGGUACGAGAAGAGCCAAGAUGGGUGCCCAAUAUGUAGCUGUAUCCCGGAUGAUAAGAAUAUUCUUAUCGAGGGUGACAUGAUGUCGACUCCCGCGGUCCGAGCCCGUCUGUUCGGCCCGGGGAGCCGCGGGUCCACCGCAUUUGGGAAUCUGUGGCCAGGAGGAGUCGUCCCUUACGUCAUCGACAGUUCACUUGCCAGCGAAGGAUUAGCAACGCAAGCGAUCACGGCGGGGAUGAACGAAUGGACCUCACAGACCUGCGUCAGCUUCGUCCCAAAAACCGUGCAGACCAACUACGUCAAGUUUUAUAAGGGCGAGGGGUGUUGGUCUUACAUCGGUGUCGUUGGAGGGGAACAACUCGUUUCCCUUGAUACGGGCUGUUGGUACACCGGCACUGUGGCUCAUGAGAUCGGACACGCGCUCGGCUACUUUCAUGAGCACUCACGUCCAGACAGGGACGACUACGUCACCAUCCAAUGGGACAAUGUACUAAGUGGUACCGAAUUCCGUAGACAAUUCGACAAAUAUGACGAGUCCUACAUCGACUCACUCGGCACUACUUACGACUAUGGAUCCGUCAUGCACUACCCUAGGGAUGCUUUCAGCUCGAACGGCCAACCUACCAUUGUUCCAAGCCAAAACGGCGUGACGCUCGGCAACACAGAGGGGAUCAGUGAGAUGGACGCCAGGCAGAUGAACCUGCUGUACGGAUGCAGCCCGCCAGGGGAGUCUACUACACCGGCGGCAACGACAUCAGCUUCCUCCUGCAUGGACAAGAAUGAAAGGCGUUGUGACCGCUGGAAAAGCUUCUGCCCGUUCAGCGGCAAGAUGCAGAAACAUUGCCGCCAGACUUGCGGGCUGUGCUAGCCGGCACACCGCUGAAAAUGCAAACACAUCUUCUGCACAUCUAUUUCUUAAAGGCGUCAAAUGCAGGGCGGCAAAACAAAAAGUAUUCUGGAUGAGGAAAUCUUGUCUGAUAAUGACGUUUACAUUCGUCUUUCAGCAAAUUUUUAUCAUCAUUUUAUACCUUUUAAAGUAUAAAAUGAUGAUAAGAAUUGAACGCGUUUGGGCCAAAAACAAACUACACGAGGAGUCUCUUUAUUGUAUGUAUUUGGUACCGCAUAUAAAUACUAGAACCAGUCUAAGAUACAAAACAAGUAAACGUUUUCAUCGCAUGUUUGUUUCAAACAUAUGAGUAUGCUAUAGGAAAAGUAUAGCAAAGGUUAGAUUCAAGUUGCUAGAUGGAAAGAAUGCCACAAAAUUGAUUUUGAAAAUUGAAUUUUGCCGCCCUGAAAUUGCAUUGGAUGUGUUUAUUAUGUUUUCGGGGCUGUGUGUCUGUCGGUGAACAACAUAACUCAAGAAGUUAUAGAUGAAUUGUAAUAAUAUUUGGUAUGUGGGUAGGUCUCAAUGAGACCUCAAAAUGAAUAGAUUUUAGACCACCUAGCAACUUGUUAUGAUACUGCAGUGGGACUUCUGGUGUUGAUAUCUCAUGUUCUAUACAUGUUAUGGUCAUGAAUUUUUGGUGGAAGAUAGCUGUUGUACCUGGGAAGAAGUGAAAUAAGCGUGAGCUUCCAAGCAGCUUACUCUAUAACUACAGGACCAACAAGAGAAUAUUUCGGUUUGAUAGUCAGGUGCCGCCGCGCCAUAUGUGUUACGCAGUGGGCGGUUACACUGGCUAUAAAGAUAGAGGAUAACUCGAGAGAGAGUUGGAGGAUCGCCCUGACUUUUGCUUUGUAACUAUAGCUUUCUUAAAGUGACGCCUGAUAUAAUUAGAUGCCAAUUUCGCAAAUCAGGAGGUAAUUUAGACAAUUAAAGAGGAAAUUCUAUAUACAUUUGCUGCCUUCGAUGAUGGGACUAUGUGACGUGUGUAAUUAUAAUUGACAACCAGUGGGACAUCGACAGAUAUGAAUUAAGACCGACAUGUAAUUUGUACAAUUAAAUAGGAACUGACGGGGGUUAAAGAAAACUCCUGUUUCCUAGUGGUAAAUAACGCUAUGAGUCCGACGCAUAUUGCUGCAUUUUGGAAGUUAAGUAAAGGUGAACAUCGUUUAACAUAACCUAUGUAAAUUAGGAUCUCAUUUGCAUGAAUAAUGAGGAAAUGCCUUCCUUUUAAAGCUAAGACUGACAUUCGGUGGAGAAUAUGAUCAACUGAUAUGAGUUAUAUAAAUGAGGAUCUUACAUAUGCAUAAUCAAUGAAAAAUAUAUUUUAUCGGUCAUAAAGGUUAACAUCAUUUGGCAAAUGUA